AGUACUGACUGACUGGCCUGUGACUGUGUGUUUUGCAGAUGGCUGCGAGCAGUAGCUGAGAUCGCCACCAGGAGUUUCCCCUCUGUCUUUCUCUACCACCUGCAAAUAUGAAUGGUGGUCAGAGUAUUUGGGCAGUCACUCCAGAGGAGAGGAACAAACAUGAUCAGAAGUUUGACACCCUUUCCCCAUUAAUGGGCUAUGUCUCAGGGGAACAGGCAAAGAAGUUUUUCCUCCAGUCAGGGCUGCCUCCCUCAGUUUUGGCUGAGAUAUGGACAUUGGCUGACAUGAAUAAAGAUGGGAAGAUGGACAGACUGGAGUUUUCCAUAGCUAUGAAGCUCAUUAAGCUAAAACUCCAGGGAACACCACUCCCCUCAGCUCUGCCAAUCAUCUUGAAACAGCCACCUGUGCCUGUUCCCAGCCUCAUUAACCCAACCUCAACCAUGACCAGCUCACCCUAUGGUAUUGGUUCUGUGCCUAGCAUGUCUAUGAUGUCUGGAACAAACUUCUCCAUGUUGACCCCUAUCUCCAUGGCAACCCCUGGACUCUCACCAAUGACGGGUCCCACCCCUCUGGUUCCUGUAGCCUCAGGUCUGAGCCCUCUACUAGUCCCCACCACCAGGCCCCUGAUGCCCACUAUGGGAAACCCUUCACUGCCAAACGGCACCAUAGGAUUUCUGCAACCCAUCCCAGCUGGAAUGUCCUUAUCUCCGGCUUCAUCAUUGCUGGACCUGGGUUCUAGCAGCUCUGCCUCCUCAUCCCCCUCUAUGAUGUCACCCAUGGUUGGUGUUCCCAGCGACUGGGCUGUGCCACAUGCCUCCAGACUGAAAUACAGACAGCUGUUCAAUGGCCUGGAUAAACAGAUGACUGGAUACCUAACUGGCCAGCAGGUGAGAGGUGCUAUGGCCGCUACAAUGCUGACUCAGACACAGCUGGCCUCAAUCUGGACUUUAGCAGAUGUGGAUAAGGAUGGUAAGCUGAAAGCUGAGGAGUUCAUUCUGGCAAUGCAUUUGGUUGACUUAGCGAAGAGUGGGCUGCCACUGCCACUAACACUGCCAAGUGAGCUGGUACCACCCUCACUAAGGGGUGCCGUCAAUGGAUCCAGCUCUUCUCUCUAUGCAUCUCUGACUGAUGACUUUGACGUUGAACCUCCACAGAAAACCAGGACUAACCUGUCAUUUGAGGACAAAUUCAAAGCCAAUCUGGAGCGAGGUAACGCAGAACUGGAGAAAAGACGACUGGCGUUGAAGGAGGCGGAGAAGAGGGAGCUGGAGCGGCGUGCACAAAAGGAGAGAGAGGAGCGAGAACAGAGAGAGAGGGAGGCCCGAGAGGUAGAGGAGAGGAGGAGGAAAGAAGAGGAGAGGAGGCUAGAGCGACAGCGGGAGCUCGAGAGGCAGAAGGAAGAAGAGCGACAGAGAGAGAUAGAGAGAAAAGAGGCUGCACAGCGGGAGCUUGAGCGCCAGAGGAAGGAGGAGUGGGAGAGGAGGAGACGAGGAGAGCUUCAGAUAAAGAAGGAGCAGGAGCGGGAUGAUAUCGUCCAACUGAAAGCUAAGAAGAGGAGUCUGGAGAUGGAACUGGAGGCCGUGGGUAACAAGCAUCGUCAGAUUUCCGACCGGCUGCGUGAUAUUCAUAAUAAGAAGAAGCAUCAGAAGACGGAGCUGGAUCUGGUCAAUCAAAGGAAAGAGACUCGUCAACAAGAUAUUAACAACUUGCACAAACAAUAUGAGGAGUCCCAGAGGAAGUUCUCUCAGCUGACUCCAGAGAAGAACAGACUCUCGGAGAAACUCAAAAACAUGUCACUGAAUAACUUACCUGUGUCCACCAUGUCCACGCUGACGAUGACACUUUCAGAGAAAAGAGGGACGUGUAUGAAACUGCAGGAGAAGCUGGGAGCUCUGGAGAAAGAGACUGCUGCCAAACUGGCUGAGAUGGACCAGUAUAACAAAAACAUGCAGUAUGUGGGAACUGAGGACUCAAUGCUUCAGGCUGUCUUCUGUCUGCUGGCGUGCCUCCGUAACCUCUUCUACCUACUGAAGGAUCUAAGAGAGGGCCACACAAAGCAGCUGGCAGCAUUAGAAAAACUUCGAAGCAUCAAAGAGGAAAAACGGCGUGAAUUGAUUCGAAGAAAGGAGCAAGAAGAGGAGAAGAAGCAACAGGAGGAAAUGAGACGGAAGGAGGAGGAGGAAGCUCAAAGACGUAUCAUGAUGGAAAAGGAGCGUCAGUGGCAGGAGAAGCUGAGGAGGGAUGAGGAGGAGCAUCAGAGGAGGCUCCAGGAGGAGAGAGAAGCCAAAAAGAGGGAGGAAGAGGAGAAAGAGAGGCAAGCUCUUAUCCAGGCUGCAAAGGAGCAGGCCGAACGAGAGCUCAGAGCAAAAGAGGAGGCAGAGAGGAAGAAAAGAGAGGAAGAGGAGCGUCUGAGGCUUGUGGAGAAACGGAGGCAGGAGGAUGAGAGGAGAAGGCUGGAGGAGGAAAGAAGACAAGAAGAUGAGCGGAGGAGGUUAGAGGAGGAGAGGAGACAGCUGGAGGAAGAGAGGAGGAAACUGGAGGAGGAGCGCAGGAAAGAGGAGAAAAGGAAGAAAGAACAAGAGGAGCACUGCAUGAGAGAGGAAGAGAGGAAGAGGUUAGAGGAGGGGAGGAGAGAGGAGCAGCGCAUGAGGGAGAAGGAGGAGGAAGAGAGGAGGAGACAGAGGGCGGCUGAGGCCGCCAUCCGAGAUACAGAGGAGAGAAGAAAGCAAGAGGAGGACGAAAGGAGGAAGAGGGACCAGGAGAGGAGGAAGCAUGAGGAGGAAAGGAUGGAGGAAGAGAGGAAGAAGAAGAAGGAGGAAGAGGAUAGGAGGAAAGCUGAGGAGGAGAGAAAGAGGAAAGAGGAAGCAUCUCGUCAGCAGCAGCAGCCGAGUGGAGGAGGGAAGGUGGAUAUUCAGGAAAAACUGACGGCUCUGCUAAGAGGGCUGGAGGAGAGGAAAGGUGGUCAACCUAGAGUCAAACACCACAGGAAGUCGGCUGCUCUCACUUCCUUCAAAGCACUCUACCCCUUCACUGCACGCAACAAUGAGGAGCUCACUUUCAAUGCAGAUGAUAUGAUUGAGGUUGAUGAGACGGCAGAGCGGGAGGAAGGCUGGUUGUAUGGCAGCAAACAAGGGAAGAUGGGUUGGUUUCCAGAGAGCUAUGUCGAGAAAGUGGCCCCGUCUUCUAAUAAUGCUCCUGCUCCUGUUCCUGCUGCUACUGCUGCUGCUGCUCCUCCUCCGACUCCAGCUAAAGUGCCACUCCAGUCACAGCUUUCCAAUGCUCUUGAGGCUGCAAAGGUUGCAGGCACCAAGUCUGCUUUCACACCAACACACUCUCCAAAUCUUGCACCCUUAGAGACGCACGGACAGCAGGUGGUGGGGAACCUGCUCGCUCAGGCCCUGUGUUCGUGGACGGCAAAGACGGACAACCAUCUGAACUUCAACAAGGAUGAUGUGAUUCAGGUGCUGGAGCAGCAGGAGAACUGGUGGCUGGGAGAACUGAACGGUGAAAGGGGCUGGUUCCCCAAGACAUAUGUUACACUGUUGGGAGACGAAGAGAGUUCUGACAUGAAGAGCUCCCCUCCUAAUGCAGAGUCAAGUGACAGCCAGCAGAUUGAAGAAUUUGUGGCACUGUAUACCUAUGAGUCGCCAGAACCCGGUGAUUUGACGUUCGGAGAAGGAGAUGUGAUCUUGGUGAGCAAGAGAGAUGGAGAGUGGUGGAGUGGCUCUAUCGGUGACCGGACUGGCCUGUUCCCCAAUAACUAUGUCAAACCUAAAGAGGCAGAUACGGCGAGCAUGUCAGGAAAGAAGAAGCAAGAAGUCUGCCAGGUCGUUAGAGCCUACUCGUCUACUGGCAACGAGCAGCUUAAUCUGGAAAAUGGUCAACUCAUCCUCAUCCUUGGCAAGAACGCCUCUGGGUGGUGGCUCGGAGAACUGCAGGCCAGAGGUAAAAAGCGACAGAAAGGCUGGUUCCCUGCUGCUCAUGUCAAAAUGUUGGGACCCAACAGUGGCAAGUCCACGCCAGCACCUCAGCCAGUCUGUCAGGUGAUCGCCAUAUAUGACUACGCCGCUGCCAAUGAGGAUGAAAUGAGCUUCUCCAAAGGUCAGCUGAUCAAUGUUUUUGACAAGAAUGACCCUGACUGGUGGAAAGGAGAGAUCAAUGGGGUUACUGGCCUGUUCCCCACCAACUAUAUUAAGAUGACCACGGCGGACUGUGACCCCAGCCAGCAAUGGUGUGCAGACCUGAACAGCCUGGACUCCAUGAGCCCGCUGGAGAAGAAGCGACAGGGUUACAUCCAUGAGCUGAUAGAGACUGAGGAGAGAUACGUGGAAGAUUUGAGCGUCGUGCUGGAGGUUUUCUACAGGCCCAUGUCGGAGUCGGGUCGACUGAGCAAUGCAGAGAUGGUCAUGAUCUUUGUCAACUGGAAAGAACUGCUGGCCUGCAACACCAAAUUUCUCAAGGCACUGCGUGAUCGUAAGAAGAUGGGUGGCGAGAAAAUGCCAGUGCAGAAAAUUGGUGACAUCCUGGCUGCGGAGCUGUCUCACAUGCAGCCUUACAUUCGAUUCUGCUCCUGCCAGAUCAACGGCGCCGCGCUGCUCCAGAGCCGCACCGACAAUGAGCCGGACUUCAAGACCUUCCUCAAGAAAAUCGCCACAGACUACAGGUGUAAGGGAAUGCCACUGUCCAGCUUCCUGCUGAAACCCAUGCAGAGGAUCACACGAUACCCAUUGCACAUCAAAAACAUCCUGGAGUGCACUGCAGAGGGCCAUGCUGACCGGGAUCCUCUGAGAGAAGCUCUGGAGAGGGCAGAGGAACUCUGCCAACAGGUGAACGAGGGUGUAAGGGAGAAAGAGAACUCAGACAGACUGGAGUGGAUUCAGAGUCACGUGCAGAGUGAUGGUACCACUGAGCACCUGGUCUUUAACUCUCUAACCAACUGCUUAGGCCCCAGGAAACUGCUCCACAGUGGGAAGAUGUACAAGGCAAAGAGUAACAAGGAAUUGUGGGCUUUCCUCUUCAAUGACUUCCUGCUCCUGACUUAUGCAGCAAAACAGUUCACCUCUUCUGGGCCCGAUAAACUGUUCAGCAAAAAGAACAACGUCCAACUCAAGAUAUACAAACCACCUGUGCUGUUGAAUGAAGUCCUGGUGAAGCUGCCAGAUCCUUCCAGUGACGAGCCCACUUUCCAUAUCUCGCACAUCGACAGAGUCUACAUACUCAGGACUGAAAACAUCAAUGAACGGACGUCGUGGGUCCAGAAGAUCAAGGUUGCAUCAGAGGAAUUUCUUGAGACUGAGAAGAAAAAAAGGGAAAGGGUUUAUCAGGGUCGAUCAAUUAAGUCCAGUGGAAUUGGGAGGCUCCUUGUCACCAUCUUAGAAGCCACUGAGCUCAAGGCAGGAAAACCCAACGGUAAAAGUAACCCUUACUGUGAAGUGACCAUGGGAGCUCAGAUCUUCACAUCCAGGACACUCAACGACACGCUGAACCCUAAGUGGAACUUCAACUGCCAGUUUCACAUCAAAGACAUCUACCAGGACGUUCUCUCUAUCGCCAUCUUUGAAAGAGACCAGUUUUCGCCCGACGUCUUCCUUGGUCGGACAGAGGUUCCCGUGGCGACGAUAAAAAAAGAGUUGGAGAACAAGGGGCCAGUGACUCGGCGUCUUCUGCUGCACGAGGUUCCCACAGGGGAAGUGUGGGUCCGUCUCGACCUACAGCACUUUGCCAGCAAAUAGUCAACGACGUCCAUCCAUCGUGUUUAUACAAAUGAGGCGAAUCAACCAAAUAAGAGAAGCUGCUUCUUUUUUUUUUCCACAGACACAAACUCGAACGAGACACACUGGAGUCGUGUUUCACACAGAGGCCUUAGUACUUUAAUAUUAACCAGCACUAAUAAUGAUACCUCUUCUUAUCCCACCUGUGUUUUUUCAUCCCAAUUAUGGCGUCAGACAGAAAGGGAAGCUCAGUCAGUUUGCACCUUUUACAGUAAUUAGAGCCACUAAAGUCUGUGUCUGUCAUACUUAAUGUCCUUCAGAGGAAGAUAAGAAUAUUAACUAAGCAAUAAAACUGUAAAUAUGAAGCGCCCUCUUCUUACGGACUCACUGACACAGGUCGCUCUGUGAAGCUUAGAGCAACUAGUGUUCUUCAUGAUGUGUAAAUGUUGAAGAUACAUAUAUUUUUUAAUGAGAAUGUCGUGACCUAGUUGGUUUCUGUGACGCGCCGGUCAUAGGCUGUCUGGUCUCGGUAACAUUAGGGGGCGUCGGUAACAGUAGAUGAAGAUGCAGCAGCAAAUGCGUUGGGCAUUGAGUAACACUGGUCUGGAUUCAGUUGACUACUGUUAGCUGUUAGAUCUCAGGAUGUUUUGCUCUGGGUUGAGUCACUGUAACGAUACUUAUUUUUGUAUGCUGUGCGCGUGCGUGCGUGUGUGUGUGUGUGUGUUUAUUUAAUGUUAAUUCAGACUUGUAAACAUGCUUAACAAACGUCCGAGAUAAGAAAACAUACAAAUAUUAAGAUGCUGCAGACAGUUUGGGUUUUAUUAGAGUGAGAGUGUAUGAGGUGCAGCGUCGGCGUGUCAGAAAACUGGUACGUGAUUCACACAGUGGUUUAGUGUGAAUGGAGACGGCAGAAAAACUGAACUCUAUACUUUAGUUUUGAAUCAUUUCCGUUGUUAUUAAUAUCAUCAGCUAUUUUCUUUCUCAAUUGUCCUUUUUGUCAGAUGUCGGAAAGUUAUGACGUCCUCAAAUCUGUUUGUCCACAAACUAUAUUAUCGAAACAGUUGGCGUUUUACUUUUAUUGUCGCUAAAUUAAAUGCUGCAUUUUUCAUAUUCCAGCUCGUAAAAGAAGAAAAGAGUCAGUAAAGUGGUGUUACGCUGACUCCGUAUGAGUACCUCAUACACCCCCACUUCACUAAAACCUGAACUAUCCCGUCAAUGCAAAGUCAUCUUAAAACUAAAAUCGUAUGUUUUCACUGGGAUGAUGAUCACAAUCGCCUGCUUGUGAUGUGUGUCCUUGUUUUUUUUUUUUAUUGGUUUUUCUUCAGCAAAAGCCAAAUAAUUUCUCUUCAGUGUGUGUGUGUGUGUGUGUGUGUGAGAGGUGAACAAAUGACGGUGUGACAGCGUUGAUGCUCCUCCAGACUCAUCUGUAUUUUUUUUGAGGAUGUCAGUAUUUUGAGGCGGCGUCGAUCAGCCAGUUUGUAAGCAAUAAUCAACAGUGUUUCCUCUCAUAUGUUUUUUACCAAGCUUGUUUUGAUGUGUCAUUCUCCUGCCAUCGCCUCACUGACAGCAGCAUGUCUAUCGCCUCAAAAUAUCUGCUCCAUUUUAAAAAAAUAACCCCACCCCAUAAUUAAUCCUGGUAUCAUUAGGAACAGCUAUGCCGUAUUUAGUUUUGGGUGUCUUCUCCUUAGUCUCUGUCCUUCUGUCCCUUCCAUCCAGAACGUUUUCUUACUCUGUUUGUGUGUGUGUGUGUGUGUGCCUACUGGUGUUCUGACAAUUAACAAAACUUGUUGUAUUUAUUUCUUAAUUUAUGCGUGUGACUAUCCAAAGGUGUGGAGCAGCUUGGUUUGCUGUAUCCUCUUGGAUAAUCGGUUGAUAUCCACUGGUUUGUUUUGAGUGUGUGUGUGAGGGCAAAUAUUAAAAAUGUACUUUAGUGAGUUUAACUGUAAGUCGACCUGUUAGGCCUGUGGUAUUGUGCUCUCGUUUUGUUCAUUUGUCCGACUCGAUCUUCGAAUCUCUUUUAAUCUUCUUAAUUUAGAUGGGGUUUUUUCUUCCUUUUUUUUUUAAAUCAUUGAAAAUGUGUCAAGAGACUGGACGACCUUCUUCGUCUUUGAAAGGUUGUUCAAGUCUUUGGUUUUACUUUUAAUAUUUUCUGCAGCCUUCUGCAUGGACUGCUGCUGCUCUGCCUGGAGCCUGUAACCUGCUGUUUAUACUCACUCUGGCCUGUAGAUGGUGCUCUCUGAUUCAGGGUUUCUUAAUUCAUAUUAAAGAAAUAAAAAU